UGAAGCUAACCAUGCGCUCGGCGGUGCAUACCACGGGUUUCUUACUAGUACAAACAAAGCGUAAAUUUCUAACUUACAAUUGGAGCCAAUUAGAGAACCCCCCAAAGUCGAUCUGCCAAAUUGGGUUUUUCAGAUUCAUUUUCAGAUUUGAUAAUUUUCUUCAUCUCCUUUUAUCAAAAUACUCUUUCUUAAUAUCUCUCUGAUCUUUCUCACUCUUCUUCAUCUUCCAUUUGAAUGCUGAUUGAUUUUAGUUACAAUAAAAAUUAAACCGAGCAGAAUUUUGAUUUUAGAAAAUUCAAGAUGUAUAUGGCAUACGGAUGGCCUCAAGUCAUCCCUCUUGAACCUGGACUAUGUCCUGUUUCACAGAAGAUCGUUUACAUCAAACUUAUCAAUCGUCUCUUACUUGUUGUUGCUCCUUCUCAUUUAGAGCUCUGGAGCUGUUCCCAGCAUAAGAUCAGACUAGGAAAGUACAAGAGAGAUUCGGAAUCAGUACAACUUGAAGGAGAGUAUGUAGAGGCUGUUUGGAGUCCGGAUACCAAAUUGAUUGCACUAGUGACGUCUUCAUUCUUCCUCCAUAUUUUUAAGGUUCAGUUUACUGAAAAGAGACUACAGGUUGGGGGGAAGCAACCUUCUGGGCUGUUUCUUGCAAAUAUUAAUCUGGUUCUUAAUGAGCAAGUUCCCUUUGCAGAUAAGAAUUUAGCAAUGAGCAAUAUUGUGUGUGACAACAAACAUCUUCUUGUUGGACUUUCAGAUGGAUCCUUACAACUUAUAUCCUGGAAAGGGGAGUUCUCUGGGAUCUUUGAACUUGAUUAUCGCCCACGUGAUAGUGAUGAUAUCAUUCAACCGUCCCAAUUUUUAGAGAAUGGGCGAUCUUCAGAAGGGGUUAAAAGAGACAUAGCAGCUACCCAGGUUUUCAGCAACCGUUCUGCUAUUACGCAGCUGGAUUUCUCUUUGCUACUGAGGCUUCUAGUUGUAUUAUAUUCUGAUGGACAACUUGCACUAUGUUCAGUUAGUAAGAAAGGUUUGAAGCAAAUUGAGUCUAUUAAAACUGAAAGAUGGUUGGAUUCAGGAGAUGCUGUGUGUGUUUCAGUAGCCUCAGACCAACAAAUCCUUGCAGUUGGCAGCAAAAGAGGGCUUGUUGAGUUAUAUGACUUGGCAGAGUCUGCUUCUCUGCUUCGAACUGUGUCUUUGUAUGACUGGGGGUAUUCCAUGGAAGACACUGGUUCAGUCAGUUGUAUAGAAUGGGCACCUGAUAAUUCUGCUUUUGCAGUUGGCUGGAAGUUGAGAGGACUUACAGUUUGGUCCCUUUCUGGUUGCCGUUUGAUGUGUACAAUUCGACAAAUUGGUUUAUCCUCUGCCUCUUCGCCAAUGGUGAAACCAAACCAAGAUUUUAAAUAUGAACCUCUUAUGAGUGGGACCUCAGUUAUGCAGUGGGAUGAAUACGGUUACAGGCUUUAUGCUAUUGAGGAAGGGUCUAUGGAGAGGAUUCUUUCCUUUUCUUUUGGAAAAUGUUGUCUCAAUAGAGGGGUUUCGGGCACAACACAUAUUCGUCAAGUGAUUUACAGCGAAGACAGGUUGCUUGUUGUGCAGUCUGAAGAUACUGAUGAACUCAAGAUACUCCAUCUUAGCCUUCCUGUAUCUUAUAUCUCUCAAAAUUGGCCGGUUCUACAUGUGGCUGCUAGCAAGGAUGGAAUGUACUUAGCAGUUGCUGGUCAACAUGGGCUUAUACUAUAUGAUAUACGCUACAAAAAAUGGCGUGUGUUUGGAGAUAUUACCCAAGAGCAAAAGAUCCAGAGUAAAGGCUUGUUGUGGUUGGGUAAAAUUGUUGUUAUCUGCAACUAUGUCAGCUCCUCUAACAUGUAUGAGUUGUUGUUUUAUCCAAGAUAUCAUCUUGAUCAGAGUUCUCUACUUUGUCGGAAAACAUUGCUCGGCAAGCCAAUUGUUAUGGACGUGUUUGAAGAUUACAUACUCGUUACAUAUCGGCCAUUUGAUGUUCAUAUAUUUUACGUGAAAAUCAUGGGGGAACUUUCACCAUCUAAUACUCCAAUUUUACAGCUUUCUACAGUACGAGAGCUAUCGAUCAUGACUGCAAAGAACCAUCCUGCAGCUAUGCGUUUCAUUCCUGAGCAGCAUUCAAGUGAACAUUCGUCUAAACAAAACUUUUCAUCCUUAUCUGAUUCUUUAGUCAGACAACCCUCUAGAUGUUUAAUUCUGCGAACAAAUGGGGAGCUUUCGUUGCUUGAUUUGGAUGAAGGGCGUGAGAGAGAGCUGACAGAUUCAGUAGAACUGUUUUGGGUUACUUGUGGGCAAUCUGAAGAGAAAGCAAAUCUGAUUGAGGAAGUGUCAUGGUUGGAUUAUGGCCAUCGCGGGAUGCAGGUUUGGUAUCCGUCUCCUGGUGUCGAUCCGUUUAAGCAGGAAGAUUUCUUGCAGUUGGAUCCAGAAUUGGAAUUUGAUCGUGAGGUUUAUCCUCUGGGCCUUCUUCCAAAUGCUGGGGUUGUUGUGGGUGUUUCCCAAAGAAUGUCAUUUUCAGCGUGCACAGAGUUUCCUUGUUUCGAGCCUACCCCCCAGGCUCAAACUAUAUUGCAUUGCUUACUGCGCCACCUUCUUCAGAGGAAGAAAAGUGAGGAAGCUUUACGGUUAGCUCGUUUAUCUGCAGAAAAGCCUCACUUUUCACACUGCUUGGAGUGGCUCCUUUUUACUGUUUUUGAUGCUGAAAUAUCCAGGCAAAGUUCAAGCAAAAACCAGGCAAUUCCCAAAAGUACUACCGCCUUCUCUCUUCUGGAGAAGACCUGUGAUUUGAUCCGAAAUUUUCCUGAAUAUCAUGAUGUAGUUGUAAGUGUUGCCAGAAAAACUGAUGGGCGACACUGGGCAGAUUUGUUUGCUGCCGCUGGAAGAUCAACAGAGUUGUUCGAGGAGUGCUUUCAGCGGAGAUGGUAUAGGACUGCAGCAUGCUAUAUACUGGUGAUUGCUAAGCUUGAAGGUCCUGCAGUCAGUCAGUACUGUGCCCUGCGCUUACUACAGGCUACACUUGAUGAAUCUUUAUAUGAACUUGCGGGAGAGCUGGUGAGGUUCUUGCUGAGAUCUGGAAGGGAAUAUGAGAAUCAGAAUAUGGAUUCCGACAAAUUAUCUCCAAGAUUCUUGGGCUAUUUUCUAUUCCGGUCUAGUUACAAGAGGCAAUCUUUUGAUUCUAAAAGCAGUACCUCAGUCAAAGAACAGAGUGCACAUGUCGCUUCUGUUAAGAGCAUACUGGAAAACCAUGCUAGCUACUUGAUGUCGGGAAAAGAGCUUUCUAAACUUGUUGCAUUCGUAAAGGGUACACAAUUUGAUCUGGUGGAGUAUCUUCAACGGGAAAGAAGUGGGUCUGUUCGCCUAGAAAAUUUUGCUUCAGGACUUGAACUAAUUGGUGAAAAGCUGCAAAUGGGUACCCUGCAGAGCCGCUUGGACGCUGAAUUUCUGUUGGCGCAUAUGUGCUCUGUCAAGUUUAAAGAGUGGAUAGUCGUCUUGGCUACUCUUUUAAGGCGUUCGGAGGUUCUUUUUGACCUUUUUCGACAUGAUAUGAGGUUAUGGAAAGCAUAUAGCAUCACUCUUCAGUCACAACCUGCAUUUGCUGAAUAUUAUGAUUUGCUAAGAGUUUUGGAGGAGCAACUUUCAUCCAUCCCAAAUUUGGAGGACAUGUAAGUGAACUUUCUGAGACAUCAGUUGCCAGUCAAUCCCAGGUAAUAUGAGUGAUACAGUUUGUUAAUACAAACAAAUAGGGGAAGAAGUUAUCACUGUCCCAAAUCUCGAGUGGUUUGCUGAUAACAGUCGCAUCCUUUUUCUUCCUAAAGUAGAUUAGAAAUCCUUGUCAGCCAUGUAAAUAACAAUACACAAAUGAAUUCAAGAAAAUUUAUGUAUUCUAGAGAAGGGAGUUCCAUCACUUGCCAUAUUACAGCUCUGCAUAAGUUAAAGGUUUAUCCAAAUGGAUGAGAUGUUGCAGGCGAGUUGUUUCUGGCAAAUACAAAUGGGGUUAGUUUGUCAGAAGUCCGUAUCAUAUCGUGAUCAUGCAUCAUGCUGAAUUCACCAUUUUCUUUGGUUUUUUUUAAUUUUAUGUAGUACAUCUAUUAUAAGUUAGUCUUUUUUGAUACUGAAUAAAGAGUAGCCAUUUUACUAAACCAAUAAAAAUACUCAUUGGUUUAUAUGUACAUGAAAUUCCAUUGUUGGAUAUCCAACUGGGUUAGUUGCCAAAAUUUUGUAACGCACGACGCUCA